AUGAUCGAUACGGAUGACAAGAAUCCCAGCCAGCUCAUUUAUCAUGCUGUUCCAGGCGCUGGAUUUUUGCUGGCUGGUUUGUUAGCCCUGAUUGUGCUGUUCUUUCGCAUGAAGCAAUGUCCUCCUGACCAAACCCUCCAAGGCAGCCGCAAUCCAUGCCGUGACAAGAAAUUGUUGGGUCCCUACGGGUUGUUGGUAAUGGCACUUGCGGCAGGAGGCUGUUUUUGGUUGGGGACGGACUAUGGAAACUUCUUUCACCAAGUUUUGUUCAUGUGCUAUUUCAUGGCCGCUUUGGUGGCUUUUCUAGAAUCGAGAGAACGGGUUGCUUCUGGUUGGACUCAACCAGCAAUUGCUUUGGCGAGCUUUUUGAUUGGGUUUUUAUGGACCUCACACGGCCUGCACAAAACGGGCAUGAUCAACUCUCGUGUCCACGUUUACGCUGGAUUGAUUGACCUAAGCACUGCAGCCGCAUUUGCCUACUCGUCUAUUCAAGACAGUUUUAUUGCUCAAGUCGCCGGUUGGGCUCUGAUUAUGCUGCAGGGUGUUUGGAUGUUCUACAUUGGGCUCUUCUUCUGCUGCAUUGAUAUCAACCAUCACCUGGUUGAGGCUCAUCUGGUAUUUGCCGUGCUAGCAGUAACUGUAAUGAUCAUUCUGGUCAUUGCGGCUGCGGACUUCCCGAAAGUCCGGAACACCCAUCAAGGAGAAGAAGGUGGAGAUUAUCGAGUUGUCUCCUCAUCCACACUAGAGGAGUCGGAGGCACCAUAUCUCCAUGGAAACGUCAAGCACCGAGCCACUCCUCGGUCUGUCAUGGACGUCGCUCUUAGCUAA